GUUCGCUCUGUAACGUGUUCUCUGUAAACAGACUGCUGCAGAUGGACAGAGAAGAGGCUGCAGGCUGGGUUACCAGUUAACUAGCGAAGGGCUAAACAAAACUGGGGUUAACUAAGUAACAACAGCCUCUAGUGAUACUGUCGUUUAGCUUUAAUUUAAUUACUGUGUUGUGUAACUGCACUUUUUUGCUAUGUUUAGGAGCUAGCUUGUCAAGCUAGCAAACUAACCAGGAAAACCACAAACUUUAUCGGCAUUUCUGACGUCUCUCGCUCGUUUUUUAGUUCCUGUAUGGAUUAUUUAUGAUUUGUCCAAGCCAGUAUGGACAUAUUGUGUGGUUGUUAGGAAAUCAUCAGUGCGUUUUCGAUUACACGGACUUGUGUGCGGUAUGAGUGCAUCAGCUGGGGACAGAGAGUCUGGGAUCCCCUCGGACACCGCAAAGGAGGAAAUCAGUGGUCCAGCUUGUACAGGAGAUAACAGCAAACAUGACUCCGCAAUAUGUUCAGGCACCAGUGAAAUCAAGAGUCGUGCUGUGGUCAAGUACUCUGCUGCCCCACCUCCUACCAGCUACGCCCUCCUGCAGGAGAAGACGGACUUGAAGCUGCCACCUGCAAACUGGCUGAGAGAAAAUCCCCAGCUGGGCAGCGCUGGCACCACUAUAUUAGGGUCCAGCAGCAAGAGCAAGCCUUUUUCCAGUUUUGGGAUGGCCUAUGACUUCAUCGAUUGCAUUGGCGACGAUGUAGACGUCGUGUCAGACUCAGAGAACAUCAAGAAGCUUUUGAAAAUUCCCUACAGCAAGUCCCAUGUUAGUAUGGCUGUUCACCGCGUGGGGAGAACUUUGCUUUUGGAUGAGCUGGACAUUCAAGAACUCUUCAUGAGAUCCUCUCAGACAGGAGAUUGGACAUGGCUGAAGGAUUUUUACCAGCGGCUAAUAGAUCAGAAAUGGCAGAGGAAAAAGAAGAGUAAAGAGCACUGGUAUCAGAAAGCAAUCCUGUCAAAGUUCCUCUACUACAGUAUAAAUGGUGAAGGAGCUGCAGAGCCUGUAUCAGACAACCUGAAUGAAGGAGAAGAAGAGAACAGGGCUGAGGAAUUCAGUUCUUCGUGGCCUACAACUUUCACCAGCACACAGUCCGAUGUGGAGGAGUCAGAUGCGCCCAAAGAGGAAAGUGUGUCCAUGGACAGCAUGUUUGCUCUGGGCCAAGUGGCGUCUGUACCAAAAGAGCAAAACCUCCCCACACUCUUCAAUGAAGGGGAGAACAGUCAGGGUUUAAGGAAUGACUUUGUGCGAAACAUCAUGUGGACGUUCGAGGAUAUCCACAUGCUGGUUGGGUCCAACAUGCCUAUUUUUGGAGGCGGUCGCUAUCCUGCCGUCAGUCUGAGACUCAGGGACAACAAUAAACCAAUCAACAUUUUGACGGGGAUCGACUACUGGCUCGACAAUCUGAUGUGCAAUGUCCCGGAACUCGUCAUGUGUUUUCAUGUCAAUGGCAUUGUUCAGAAAUAUGAGAUGAUAAAAACAGAGGACAUCCCUCAUCUGGAGAACUCCACGUUUUCCACGAGAGUUGUGAAAGAUAUCGCCCAAAAUAUCCUCUCCUUUCUUAAGUCCAACUGCACCAAAGAGGGUCACACCUACUGGCUUUUCAAAGCUAGUGGGAGUGACAUCGUGAAGCUUUAUGAUCUAACUACUCUGUGUGAGGAGGCUGAAGAAGAGAAAUGUCAGAAUCCCUUCACUCUUCCUGUAGCUGUGUUGUUGUACAGAGUGGCCAGCAACUUGAUGCUGAAGGCGAGGCAGAACAGAAAGCACUAUGGCACAAUCAGAACUCUGCUCUUAAACUGUGUUAAACUUCUGGAUCAGGAGAGGCAUCCUCAGAUCAUCGCCUCCGCCCACUACAUGCUUUCGGAGCUUUUCCAGCUCGACGAGCCUCCCGAAGAAGAUGGAGGAGAGUCUCUGCGGGCCGGUGGCUCAGAGGACAGCUACAGCGACGAAGACAGAGAAGAAGAGGAGGAGGAGGAGGAUCUGAUGGAGGACAGCGAUGACAGUGGCUCCUACAGUAACUGCUCCAGCCCACAGGACGAUAGUAAAGCAGUGGCCGUGAUCCGCUCUGUAGGCGAGCUGUCGGUCCCUGAGAAAUACAAAUCCACUUACCAGAUCAGACCAAGUUGUGCUUUCCCUGUUUCUCAAGACAAAGAAGAACGGUGCAGACACGUCCUGAGCUACGUGUUGAAGGGGUUGAAGGCAGUGGACGGCAGCAUCAAGAAGGAGAGUGAUCUCCCGGCUGCAGACCCUAACACGCCCAUUCCCCUCAAAUAUGAAGACCGAAGUGCUAACGGAGCCUGUGCUGCUGAGAAAGGCAUCUCUCUUCUGCUUGAAAGAGCGGGACCCUUGCAGGCCGACCAGAAGCACCCGACGCGCUCAGGGAUGAUCCCCGGCUCCUGGCAGCACCGCAUGAAGCUGCAGCUCUUCCUCAAAGCCUCCAAAGCCUACUACGUCCUGUCUGAUGCAGCCACUAACUUGCUAAAGUAUGGACGAGCCUUGCGCUACAUCAAACUCUCUCUGCAGUGCUACGAUGCCUAUUGCUCAGUGAGCGGUACACUGCACCCACAAGUGCUGCAGUUUCACAGCCAGUGCCUGUCUCUCUGCGGGGACAUUCAGCUGAUGUUGGCCCAGAAUGCCAACAACAGAGCAGCUUACCUGGAGGAAUACAGCUACCAGACCAAAGAGGACCAGGAGAUCCUGCACAGCCUGCACAGAGAGAGCAGCUGCCAGGCCUUCAACAUGGCAACAGACCUGGCCAUGGAUCCCGAGUACCAGCUGUUUGUUAGCAGUAAGUGCUACGAAGCAGCGUAUGAACUACUGGUUUCUGAGGCUUUGAAAGAUCAUACCUCAGAUCAGCUGGCGCAGGUUCUCAAAAGGCUGGGAAACAUCCGCAACGAGAUGGGAGUCUUCUACAUGAACCAGGCUGCAGCCAUGCAGACUGAGAAAGAAGUGAAGAGAUCGGUGUCUGUAGCAGAGCAGGAGAUGUGGAAAAAGAGUUUUGCCUUCUUUGAGAAAGGAAUGAACGACUUUGAAGCAAUCGGGGACAGCACCAACACGGCCUUACUGCUGUGUAAUACGGGCAGGCUGAUGAGAAUCUGUGCUCAGGCUCACUGUGCCAUGUCUGCCGACCAGAGCAGAGGGGAGUUCUCACCUGAAGAGGCUCUUUACUACAACAAGGCCAUAGACUACUACCUGCGAGCUAUGAAGUCGCUGGAAAGCAGAGAGAACCACCCAGCAGUGUGGGACAGUGUAAACUGGGAAUUGUCCACGACCUAUUUCACCCUGGCUACACUUCUGCAGGAUUACGCCCCGCUGUCCAGGAAGGCACAGGAGCAGAUUGGGCGGGAGGUGACCGAAGCGAUGAUGAAGUCCCUCAAGUACUGUGACCUGCAGACUGAGUCAGCUCGUCAGCCGCUUUAUCAGUACAGAGCUGCCACCAUCCACCACCGCCUGGCCUCCAUGUACCACAGCUGCUUUCGCAACCAGGUGGGUGAUGAACACUUGAGGAAGCAGCAUCGCAGCCUGGCUGAGCUUCACUACGGCAAGGCUGUCUGUUUAUUCCUCAGCCUCAAAGAUGCACCCUGCGAGCUGCUCCGCACGCUGCUGGAGAGGGUGGCUUUUGCAGAGUUUACGAUGGCAGGUCAGAGCAGCAACGCGGCGAAACUGAAGAGCCUGACUGGAGCAAUAGAGAUCAUGACAGAAACUCGUUACGCGUUCCAGCUGAUUCAUAAAGAGCUGCUGGAGGAGCAGACAGAGUCGAGUGAAUCAGAUGCUGCCGAGUCAGCAGAGUCUCCAGAUGUGGCCAGCGGUCCCACAUCUGGACUGAACCUCCAGGAAGUGAUGAAGUUAAUUGGCGUGUUUGAGCCAAGCUUCUCUUUUCUGCUGCUGCAGCUGAUCAAGCUGAUGACAACAAUGAAGCGUAAACCAAGCAAUAAAGACGAGGAGCUGUUGAAAACCUACAAGAAUGUGUACUCAAAACUCCUCCGCGCUGAGAAAAAUGUACCUCUGCUCAGCCGUGUCAAGGUUUACAUCGAACUCCUGCAGCAGCUCACCCCAGAAGCAGAAAGUGACGACACAGGUACACAAAAAUCAUAACAAGGAGAAGACACUUCCAGACUACAUUCUGGGGAAGACUCGGAACAGUUUACAGACGCUGUGACAGAAAAAAAAAACAACCAUUCAUCGUCACAGACAUUAAUCACAUCCUCAGGCAACCCUGUCCUACUAUGAAUUACAGUUUCAAAGCUAAUUUCACCUCCUGCGCCUUUAAAAUGAUUUCAUCUUUUUUUUAGAACAUUUGCAUCACAGGUUUUCAAUUGUACAUUUUUGUGAGGAGUUGUAAAUUCAAGAAGACAUUAUUUAAUAUUAUUAUUAUUAUUGCUAAAGCAGUUAUGGGUCUUCUGUAAAGCUCCUAUGUGUAGGAUUUGUUUCUGACUACCAAACGUCACCUGGUUUGUCUCAUUUUUAUACAAAUGUCACGAUGAAAAGUCCUGCACAUAUGGGCUGAAAAAGACACAAAUCAUUUAGCACGGGGACGGAUUAAUUUAAAUAUGAUUGAUUGGUGUUUUUGAUAUUCAAUGACAUCAACAAUGCUGUGAAUAAAACGGAGUGAAGUGACGGCCGGGAGGCUACAAUAAGUUCAUACGCGUUAUUUGCUUUCCACAACAACGGUGUGCAAUAGUUCAGCAACAUUCAAUGCAAACUCAAGAGGCUAGUUUGUCCACAGUGCUGUACGUAUAAAUGUGACUUUAUAUCAGCAUGGAUUGCUGUGAGAUGAGAAUAAAAGCUUUUUAAAUUUUA